AUGUCUCAGAUUGACCGUCUAGAACUUCAAAAUGAAAUAAGAGAACUUGAACUUCGACUGAAAAACGCGCGGAGUCGGUUACGGGAGACGCACGGAAAUGUCGCUUAUGAAGAGUCUCCUGAUUCGGGCUUUGCAGACAUCAAAUAUCAACUAUCGCCAUUCGUACACUCACUUCUUCUAAUAUCCGACUCUGCCCUACCACUCGGCUCAUUCGCUUACUCGAGUGGCCUAGAAUCAUUUCUGGCACAUCAGAAAGCAUUACCGCAAUCAACUCCACCUAUUCCACCUAUUGUUGCUUUCAGAAAAUUUCUCAAACUAUCAAUCUCCUCCGUUUCAAGGACUUCUUUACCCUAUCUCCUGGCUGCUUACCGCGCUCCAGCGGAGCUUGAAACAUUAGACAAUGAUCUCGAUGCAUCCACUCCCUGUACUGUAGCCAGAAGAGCAAGCGUUGCACAGGGGAGAGCUCUUAUUAGUGUUUGGGAAAAGUCCUUUCGCCCAUCUUACAUCCUCACAGGUAAUGCCGCUAAUCAACUCGGCGCUGACCCUCAAUCUGCCGUAGCCGCCAUCGAAGAAUUUUCCGAAGCACUAAAGAUGAGUGGAUACGACAACGAAUCCCUGGGCCCCAACGGGCACUUUGCUCCGUUAUGGGGUGUUGUUUGCGCUGCAAUGGGGAUUGAGAUUGGUUUGACUGCUUAUACUUUCAUGUUGAAUCAUGCAAAGGCAGUUCUAAGUGCUGCCGUGCGAGCAUCAGUCAUGGGACCGUAUCAAGCACAGACAUUCCUUGCUAGCAAUGAAAUCCGGAAUCUGAUCAAUGAACGGAUACGUCAUGAUUUUGAUACAAGGCCUGAAGAUGCUGGUCAGGUUGCGCCAGUGCUAGAUCUGUGGUUAGGGAGGCAUGAGUUGCUAUACAGCAGGAUUUUCAACUCAUGA